CCCAGCUCUCUUCAUCGCGUGUUACUGGUGGUUCAGAGAUAAGCCGUAAUUCGCCCUGUCAUAUUUGUAUUAAAGACAAUGGAGGACGACGAUGAUUUUCGACGGCCUCCUCUCUUUCCGUCUGUCAUGAACCCGGCGAAUUCGUGAAGCCAUGAAAUUAAACAUGGAGAAGAACACCGACAAGACUACGGCGCAGUCGAUUCGUGAGGGAGUGCAAGAUGAUGUCGACAAGGCUUAUGAGUUCGCCAAGCAGCAUGCUGUCGGUCCCUUGAGCGACGAUGACAACAAACGCAUUUUGCGCAAAAUCGAUCGCAAUCUUCUACCAUUGAUGAUCAUUACUUAUACACUUAAUUUUAUGGAUAAGAAUGCGCUCUCUUAUUCCGCCAAUUUUGGUCUAACCACCGACAACCAUCUUGUCGGUAACCAAUACAGUUGGGCUUCUGGAUCGAUAUUUUACCUUGCCUACAUGGUUUCUCAGCCCGUCGUUGCUCGCUUGAUCGUCCGAUUUCCUAUUGGCCGAUUUGUAGCUGUCGCAACAUGUCUUUGGGGUGCCGUACUGAUGACCACCGCCGCAUCGCGUUCCUUCGCUAGCCUAAUGACCAUUCGCGCAAUUCUAGGUUGUCUAGAAUCUUGUAUCAACCCUGCCUUCAUCGUUAUCUCGUCUCAAUGGUGGACGCGCGACGAGCAGCCACUUCGCAUUUCGUACUGGUACCUCGGUAAUUCUAUCGGACAAGUCUGUGGUGGACUUCUCGGCUACGGCAUUGCUCAUAUCACCAACCAUAAUGUUCCUAAUUGGGCUUGGUUUUUCCUGAUAUUUGGUGCAAUCACCAUCUUCUACGGAGGUUUCUUGUUUUACUAUCUUCCCGACUCGCCAUUGAAUGCUCGUUGGCUUUCGGAACAUGACCGAGCCUUAGCCAUUGAACGUGUCCGAGAAAAUCGCACCGGUGUCGAAAACCACGUAUGGAAAUGGUCGCAGUUUAAGGAAUGCAUGAUGGACGUACAGUGCUGGAUCCUUGUAGUAACUUUCUUCCUCGACGAUAUUCCCGCAGGUGGCGUCGCCUCCUUUGGAAGUAUCGUUGUCAAGGGGUUCGGAUUUAGCGCUCUUUACUCAACCCUUCUUUUGGUGCCUCUGGGCGUCAUACAAGCCAUCUGUAUCCUAUUCGGAGGGUUUAUGACCAGACGAUUCAAGAACAUUCGCACCUGGCUCAUCGCUGGUUGCCAGAUUCCUGCGUUGAUCGGCGCUGUCCUUCUUUAUACCUUGCCCCGUGAAAACCAACGUGGGCUAUUGGGUUCCUACUACGUCGUACAAACCCACGGCAUAGUUGGUACCCUCACCAUGUCACUAGUCUCAAGCAAUUUCGCUGGUUAUACCAAGAAGGCUACCGCAUCUAGUAUGAUGUAUGUGGCAUUCUGCGUUGGCCAAGUUGCUGCUCCCCAGCUAUUUAUUCCGAGCGAAGCGCCGGCGUACAAGUCUGCUUUCCUCGCUGCUUUCAUCUGUUUCGCUCUCUGUAUAUUGUUUAGUAUUGCGCUGCGAUUCUACUUGAUAUGGGAGAACAAGAGGCGCGAUCAGUUGAGCUUAGCGGAAAGCGAGCCUAGAAGUCCUGAUAACGAAUUCCUAGAUCUCACAGACAAACAGCAGAAGGACGUCUUCCGCUACGUACUGUAGACAAAGCCACCUCUGUUACAGAAUAAAUCAGUAGGCGGAGGAGAAAUAUAGCUAGCUUCUCCGAAUUAUUCUAGGUAUACAUACUGAAUAUUCAAGUCUUUCUAGUUACUUGCGAUUCCGAAAUCAUUGAGACCAUAUAUGUGUGAUAAUAGCAACUAUACGUGCCUAUUAUAGCCAGGGAAUACGCUUUAACGACCACUGCAUUACAGCGCCUAUCUCCCUAUAGUUUAGGCCUCUGCAGUACCUGCUGAUGCCAAGGUUGGGGCCUAAGCGCUUACCCCUAUAGGUGUAGGUGUAUGCAUUAUAGUUU